AUGGCUGCCAUUCAGAAAGCCAUUUGCCUUGUUAGUGGAGGCGCCUCUGGAUUGGGACGGGCAACUGUUCAAAGACUGGCACGACGUGGUGCAAGAGUCGUUAUAGCUGAUCUUCCUUCUAGCGAUGGAGAAAAUGUAGCUAAGGAACUUGGGGAGAAUUGUUGCUUCGCGCCAGCUGAUGUGAGUAGCUUCAAGCCGGCAUAAAAAUAAUGUUUCGUAAAGAGCCAACCGUAUAUUUUAAUAUGUUCUUUAAGGGACAUUUCUAGGCUUCUAGAUCCUAGAAGCUUGUAUAUAGAAGCUAAAAUAGCCUUGAACUGUAAAGAUACUGCCAAAGAUACUGGAAUCGGUAGGUCAAAAUUUAGGGCAUAAGGGGGGGUGGGGUUAGGGGAGUGUCUUUCACGUUUUUCGGAAUUCCAUUUUUGGUUAAGAUGGGCAAAAUAUUCUUGCCUUACAUAUUCCUUGGAAGGAAAUGAACAGACUAUUACUGCUAAGUUGCUUACACACAUGUACAUAUGCGUGAAUUCUUUCCUUUUGCAAGAACUUGUAAUUUUUUCUCUCUCCUUUGCAUGAACAACCUUGCAGCUCUGGGAAUUAAGACCUCACAGGAUUGGUUGUGAAGUUAAGGUCAUGUUACACGAGACGAUUCGCAACGAUGAUUUUUAGCGCAACAUGGCAUUGCAAUGUUGCAACAAUGUUGCAACCAUUUGUAACAAUGUGGCAAGAAUGUUGCAACAUUGUGUUGCGCCAAAAAUCAUCAUUGUGAAUCAUCCCGUGUAACAUCACCUUAAGUGAACAAGUUAACGAUGGAGGAGACUAUGAUGGAGUCUAGCCCAAAAACUAAAGAGCCGCAACCUAUAGGGCCAGGGUCUGAUUAAAUUAGAGGUUCUGAAUAGCUGUGGGGCUGCUUUGCAUAGUGUGGACAUGAGUUUGUGAAGGAAACACAUCCUCUUUUUGCCUCUCCCUAAUCUCCAACUUACCCAAAGAAACCUCUUUGGAGAAGAGAGGUAAUUUAUUUGGCUUUUGCCAACCCUUCUUAGUUUUCACCUUAUCUUUACCUCUCUAGAAUUUGAGAGUGUAAUAAUUGCCACACCAUGCAUGAUAACGUUUCUUUUGCAUGAAGACUCAAGUAGUUGUUCUUGGUUAAUUCUUAAGCCUCCCAACAAUUUUUCUACUCUAUUUUAUCCCCUUUUUUUCCAGGUUACCUCAGAAGCUGAUGUUAGUCAAGCCAUCAAGCUUGCUAAUGAGAAGUUUGGACCCCUGACUGUCGCAGUCAAUUGCGCUGGAAUAGGCAUUGCAAUGCGAACUCUCUCAAAAAAGGGAGUGCACCCUCUUAAUCAAUUUGAAAAAGCUUUAAAGGUAAAUUUCUCUUUUAGUCCUUUUUUAUUGAGUAAAUAUAAGGAUGAAGUAACUGUCUUCCUUGGUCUACGUUGAUGCAGUUUAUCUUGUUUCAUUUAUGACAAGAUGAACGUUUGCCUGGCAUGGGUGGCUAGGAGUUCAUUUUUUAGGCAAAUGUUUUUUGGCCAAGAUUUCAUGUUGGUCCCCGAAAAAAUUUUCUAGUACUCAAAUAAUUAUAAUAUUAUUAUUUCUAUCAUGGUACUAGGGCCGAAUCAUAAUGCACCAGUCAAUGUAAAUGGCUGCAGCCCCCCCAUUUGUCUUCGUUUAUGCGUUUUAUUUUUUUUUAUUUUAAACAAGAUUAUCUUUUGCCUGGAAGGGGGUGCUUGGUGUUUUUUUUUUAGGCAAAUUUUUUUUUGCAAAAAUUUCAUGUUGCUCCCAAAAAAAAUUUUCUAGUACUAAAAUAAUUAUAAUUUUAUUUUUUCUAUUAUUGUACUAGGGCAAAAUCAUAAUGCACCAGUAAAUUUAAAUGGUUGCAGCCCCCCCCCCCCAGCUGGAAAAUAGGAGGGCAUUUGACAAGCACUCUGGACUGCCAAAGUUGUAAAAUGCCCUGCCCCCCCAGGACAGCUUUUUCCUCUAUUUGAAGCUAAUGACCCCGCUCAUAUCCCCGAUUUUUGUAAAAAAAGACACAGGCUAAUGUAAAUGGUUUAAACUUUAUUUUGUCACGUCAAGAUGUAACACAUAUAUGUUACUACAUACAAAGCUUUUCAAGAGGUGUAAAAUAUUUGUGUGUCUUUGUCUACAGUUAACAAUUCAGAGAAGUAUGACUGAAUUCUACAUGCUAGUAGAAGAGGGAUAGAUGUUAGUAAAUGCACUUUAAACUGAUGUAGUCUAUCAAAAUUUAAACAAACACACUGUUUCAUAGAACCGGAUUAAAGAACACCUUUAACUUUCAAGGAUUCAUGACAAAGUCCACCUUGGAGGAAGAUAUACCCCGGUCCAUUCCCCUGCUGUUCUUGGAUGGCAUGCAAAAGUCAUCAAAGCCCCCUAUACUUGCAGCUCUUUCACUCGUCAAGUAAUGGAAAAUUCCUCGCAAAUACCCACUAUGUCCUGACCAAGGGAGUGCAGGGGUUUACAUUGACUGGUGCAUAAUCAACAAACAACUACUGUGCAUGCAUUUGUAAUGAAGUGAUUUUGAUUUUAAAUUUUACACGCCAUAGGUAAAUACCAUUGGAACAUUUAAUGUAAUUCGGCUUGUUGCAGAGCAAAUGGCAACAAAUGAACCAAAUGAGGGAGGAGAAAGAGGGGUGAUUGUCAACACAGCAAGUGUAGCUGCAUAUGAGGGUCAGAUUGGCCAAGCAGCAUAUUCUGCCUCAAAAGGUGCCAUUGUUGGAAUGACUCUACCAAUAGCAAGAGACCUGGCUCAAAAUGGAAUCCGAGUUAACACAAUUGCUCCUGGUAGGUUACAGUUUCAAGUAAACUUUCUAUACUCCUUUUGCUAGAAAGUGUCAGAACAAUACUACUUAAAGUGACACAGUCAGCUGAUGUACAUGUGCAUUAGAUACCAUCUCCUAGCUGAUUUGCAUAUCACAAGAUAUGUCAUUCAUACUAUUUUUAAUGAUAUAUGAUGAAAUGAUAUAAUAAUUAUUAUAACAUGAGUAGAAGAAUACUCAGAUAGGAACACUGUUUCACUAACAAUCAAAGAUUGAAUGAAACAAUACUGGAGGCAAAAUUGAGGCAGAUUUCUAGGUGUGUCUGAUCUGUACCUUUGAUUUUGGUUUGAGGUAAACCAUUUUCAGAACUACAUCUAGUGUCCAUGCCAGUGUGGUUCAAAGCUGACUGAGUCCUUUUAAGCGCAUGGUACCUUAAAGGCGUUUUUGAAAGUGAAUUGGAGGCAAGAACACAUUUUUUUUCAAUCAGGUGUACAGUACAAGGCAGGUGUUAUUCAAGAAUAAAAAAGAUUGUGUAUAUCAUUUUCUGUACACAUACCAUAUAUACAAACAUACAAAUCAUAUAUUCAUCAGUGAAAAAUUCUUUUCAAUGCAAAUUUGUUGGUCAGUAAAUGGUCAGUCUGUCUGUAUGUAGUAAAAUCAUUGGCUUGCUGGUUUUUUUCUCGGUAGUCACAAGUUAAGCCCUCGAUCAGGCUUAGCUCAUACCAUACGUGUGAUUACCGUAGGGUAUUUAUAAACCUGCUAAGUGGAGUGCCUUUUAAACUACUACUAGCUAGACUAGAUCCUGCUCUGUAACUAUUAACAAGGUAUAUUAACCCCUUGAUUGCAGUCAUAAACCAAUAACCUGGCUCCAUCCCUUUGAUCCCUGUAUCAAGGCCCUGUUAGGGUAAAAUUCCAACAAGUGAUAUAGCCUAAAAACAGCGACAUAAGGCAGCUGAAAUGAUGACAAAUGACAAAAGGAUGGGUCGAACUAGUACAACAAUGACAAAGACAAGUGCAAAUGUAAUAGUAAAAUGCCAACAAGGACAUUGCUUCCUCCUUAAUAUGCAAAACGACAGGUUUUGAAAUUCAGACUAGAGACAUGCAUACCCACCCUAAAAGAGCCUUUGUAUCGAGGGUUUGACCGUAAGUAUCAUUCUUUAGUCUUUGAGAGGCUCAGUUCUAUAACAUAGGAUUGGUUUUAUUUUUAGGUCUGUUUCUUACUCCACUGUUGAUGGGUUUACCUGAGAAAGUUCGAGACCAGUUAGGAAAGCAGGUUCCAUUUCCAAGUCGUUUGGGAGAUCCUUCUGAGUAUGGGCAGUUGGUGCAGAGUAUUAUUGAAAACCCAAUGAUAAAUGGCGAAGUUAUAAGGCUCGAUGGAGCGCUGCGUAUGCAGCCUUGA